AUGUUUAAACGUAAAUCUAAUUCACCACCACCUCCAAAACCUUUAACCUUUAACAAAAUGUUACAAGAUUUGAAACAAUUACAACUUUACCAAGAACAACAAUUAAGUUCGACUACUACAAAAGAUGAAAAUUAUGUUGAUGACAUUUUGGAUUUAAUUGACGAAUUAGAGAUUAAUCCACCACCAACAAUAUCUUCAUUACUAAGUCAACUCAAUUCGCUGUAUUCUUCAGCAAUGGCAAAUACAACAGAAGAAAAAGAAACAGCAAUUGAAUCAACAUAUGAUUUAUGUACAAAUUUCAUAAAUAUAAAUGAUUAUUUGAAUAGUUCUAGACCUCAAUUAGAUAGUUUGGGAUUAGAAAUUGAAUCAAUCAGAAAGGAAGUAACUGAGAUGAUUGACAUAUUAAACAAUGUUGUAGAAGAUCAGGAUGAUGUUGAUAAAGAUGUGGUAGAAGACGUUGAUGAUGAUGAUAUUGUUGGUGGUGGUGGUGGUGGAUAUAAUCAAAGGUUGAAGGGAGAGAAAGAAAAUUUGAAGAAAAAGAAGGCGGAGGAAGAUAAAGAAAAUAUUAGAGACGGUGAUGAUGAUGAUAAUGAUGACGAUGAUGAGGGAGGAUGGAAAACCGAUUGGUGA